AUGUCGGGACGCGGUGUCGCUUCCCGCAAAGCCUACAUCUCCAUCUUCGUCUGUAUGGCCACGCGAGCCAUACAUUUAGAAUUAGUCGAGAGUUACUCCACUCCAGCCUUCUUAGGCGCCUUUUCAAGAUUCUGCUCCCGACGUGGCCUGCCUGAGUCAGUCUACUCUGAUAAUGGAACCACGUUUGUAGGCGCCGAUCGCGAAUUGGCUGCAUCAUUUCGAGCCGCGCUGCGCAAUCCAAACUUUCAAAAUAGUGCCGCUUCCGACGGGGUGUCAUGGCAUUUUAUGCCUCCAUCCGCGCCUCACUUCGGCGGACUAUGGGAGGCCGGGGUUCGCAGUGUCAAGUAUCACCUUCGCAGAAUCGUCGGUUCGCACACUCUUACGUUCGAAGAGUUCACAACGAUUCUCUGCAACAUUGAGGCCUGCCUUAACUCGCGCCCUAUCGCGCCUCUCACCGAUUCCGUCGACGAUUGCGAUUCUCUGACGCCCGGUCAUUUCUUGAUCGGGUCCGCGAUUACGAUCGCGCCUGAACCCUCUGUACUGCAUCUAGUUGAGAACCGCUUGACGCGCUGGCAACUUGUUCGCCAGCUCACAGAACGCUUCUAG